CUUCUCUAUCAGCGGCAGUUUCCUUCCCGCGCUUUUUUUGCGGCGUCACUGCGGGUCGAGAUAAAACUUCACAGUUUGGAUGUUAACAGCAGCAGCCUGACCUGCUGUGGACGCCAUGGUGCUGAAGAUCUUCUUCCCACAGUGCUGCAACCGGGCGGAGAGCGGGCUGCUGGUGGGACGCUGGAUCUCCGGUCAUGACUCGGCCGUGGUGCUGGCAGUCAUCCACUACCCGUUCAUCCCAGCGCAGGUCAAGCAGUACAUCCAGCAGAUGCAGGCUCAGAGCGGCGUGGAUCUGUCGGUUCUCGGCUCCUGGAGUCUCCCUAAAGACGGGCAGGAGGGCAUGGAGAGCUUCCUCAGGGACCUGAGCACCAUCUUCCCCCAGGAGCGCUGGCUCCAGAUCCGACGGCAGUUCGGAAAGACGGGCUUCAGCUGCGAGGUGCUCAGCCUGGACCAGAUUUGCAGGAAGGAUUCAGGAGGAAAAGCAGAGAAGAAGAGCGAAGAGGACAGCGGCGACGUAGAGCGUGAGGAUGAGGAGAAGGUGAUAUUCGUCCACUACGAGCAGAGGAAGGUGAUGCUGUCGCAGCUUCAUCCUGUGGAGGCCCAGGAGUCUGGGAGCGGAUCAGAACCUCACUCUGAGCUCAGACAGGUGUUUGGGACAGUGGCGCACAGCCAGCCGCUCUUCGUCCUGGACCGGUACGAUGACGGGCCGCUGCGGUCGACCCACUGGCAGUCUGAGGGCCGUGAGGCCAGCAUCGUGGUGGAGCUGCUGAAGCAGGCCUCGGUUCCGCUGGGCCUCCUGCUGGGCCGGAUGCUCUCCGUCUGGACCUGGAUCUGCAGCGCCCGGAUCCUCAGCUUCUUCCCGCUUCGCUUCCUGUCCUCCAAGCUGUCCACCUGCGUCCAGCUGAGCUACAGAACCGAGCGGCUGCAGACGCUGGUCGCUCCGCAGGCCGCCGCCCACAUGGACUUCAUGAGGAAGGCCAACGUCCUGGUGUCCGUCCUGCUGGACGUCUCGCUGGGCGUCCUGCUCAUGUCAUGGCUCUACAGAGACCAACACAUCGCCAUGCUGGCCAGCAACAUGGUGCCGGCCGCCGACCGCGUGGCGCAGCAGCUGGAGGAGCUGCUGCAGUGGCUGAUGGGAGCUCCGGCCGGCCUGAAGAUGAACCGGGCCCUGGACCAGGUUCUGGGCCGGUUCUUUCUGUACCACAUCCACCUGUGGAUCAGCUACAUCCACCUGAUGGCGCCGUUCAUCCAGGGAAUCUUCUGGUACGGAGGCCUGUCUGCCUGCCUCGGCCUGACCUUUGCCCUCUCACUGCUGUCUGACAUGGUGGCGCUGUUCACCUUCCACAUCUACUGCUUCUACGUCUAUGGAGCCAGGCUCUACUGCCUGAAGAUCUACGGCCUGUCGUCUCUCUGGAGGCUCUUCAGGGGGAAGAAGUGGAACGUCCUGCGGCAGAGAGUCGACUCGUGCUCCUAUGACCUGGACCAGCUCUUCAUCGGAACGUUGCUGUUCACCAUUCUGCUGUUCCUGCUUCCUACCACAGCGCUGUACUACCUGGUCUUCACCCUGCUGCGCCUGGUGGUGGUGCUGUUCCAGGGCGUCCUGCAUCUCAGCGUUGACUUCAUCAACUCCUUCCCUCUGUUCGCCAUGGCGCUGCGGAUCUGUCGGCCCUACAGACUGGCUGAGGGUGUGAAGUUCAGAGUGCUAUGUGAGGAGCCGGGCACCGCCCUCCACCUGCUGAUGGAGAUCAACCCUCUGAAGUGCAGCAGCGUCGUCCAGACCUACCGCACGCCGACCUACAGCUGCUACCCCAGAGACUCCUGGGCGGCGCUCAUCAAGAAGCUGUUCAUUGGGGAGCUGAUUUAUCCCUGGAGACAAAAAACCACCAAGUCUGACUGACAGCGGAAACUGUGAAGUAUUUUGAGCAGCUUGAAUGAUUGAUUAUGAACACUCAUUCCAUCUUUUUUAGUACAUAUUUUUAUUUUUGUCCACACUUAUGAAAGAUGUGGAACACUCCUAACGAAGUUUCAAUGCUGGUCCAUCACUGAACAAUAACAAUUUCAUUUAAUUUUACCGUAAUAGGAGCAAACAUUUAUAAAAUUUUAACAAAAUGUUACAGACUUUGCUUGUUAAAAGACUGAAGAUGAUUUCUGAUUGAAAAUGAAUCAAGUUUAGCUAAAUUGUUAAGGAAUCUUAACAAAUUAACCAAGAAUAAUAAUUAGUCCUUUUUUGUUAUCGUUUUAUACGCAGACUUGUUAAAAAUAACCAAAUUCCAUUAUGGAGUUCUGUUAAAACAUUUGUUUAUGUGAAAAAAAAUUGAAUCAAAACAAUCUAAUGCUUGCAUCACAGUGUAUUUAUCCAGAUCUAAUUGCAUCACUCGUCGUAUAACAGCGCCCCCGGUGGUCGGAUGAAUAAAUGAGUUACAGGAUUGAUGACGUUUGCUAAAUGUCCGCUGUUUCCUUUCCUUGUUUUAUUCUUUAGUUUUACUUGUUUGUUUUUUAACCUGUUUUAUGACAAUUUGAGAAAAUGUAUUCUUGAAAAUAAAUCAAAUCAUGAAUCCUAUGGAGGGAAAUACAGCACCAAAGUCCGUUUUGUUUUUUUUUGCUACUGGAAAACAAACUGUGGUUCUGCUUUGCUCCAAGCAUUGAUGGUUUUAUCUCUAUUUUAGAAAAUCAUCUUAUAUUUAACUUGUCUUGUGCCUGCUGCAGAACCAGUUGGUGCCAAACUGGUAGAUGUUUCCCUAAAACGACUCAGUUUCAGAAAUGAUGUGAAAAGAUUUCCCUCUGUUUACCCCUCUAAAGUGUGGCCAGUAGGUGGCGCUGUGUGCAGCUUUCCACUGCUUUUCCUGCCUGUUUUUUUAAGCUGCUUUUCCAGCUGAUCCACCAGAGUUUGUCUGAAAACAUCUGAAACAGAUGCAGAGAAAACUCUGUGGAAGGAUGUUUGCUGUUUGUUCUCUGAACUCCUGGUUUAAGAUGCUUCUUUUUCAUCUUUAUCAACAAAUAGCACCAGAAGUUUUUCAGCCCUUCAGGAGGAUAUUUGAGUUUCAGACACUUUCCUUGAUAAUGUUGAUGUUGGUCCUUUUUGAUGUUGUAUAUAAUUGAUCAGUAGCUUUAUCCUAAUCAAUAAACUUAUUUUGAAUAAAA